AUCAAAAUAUUCCCUAAUUAGCUCCAAUAUGUUUCUUCAUCUUCUUGCUCUACUAUUAGUGAUACAAAUAAGCCCCCUGCAACUGCAACUGCAAGUACAAGCUGCUGCAACUGUUAAAUUUCUUCCUGGAUUUGACGGUCCUCUUCCUUUUCAUCUCGAAACUGGGUAUGUAGGUGUGGGUAAAGAAGAGAAACAUCAGCUAUUUUAUUAUUUUAUUAAAUCAGAAUCAGACCCUGGAAAUGAUCCUCUUAUAUUGUGGCUCACUGGAGGACCUGGUUGCUCUUCUUUCAAUGGAGUUGUCUAUGAAAUUGGGCCAUUAUAUUACAAACAAAAAAAGUAUAAUGGGAGUCUACCAACACUUGGAGUGACUCCAAACUCAUGGACCAAGGUUGCAAACAUAAUUUUCUUAGAGCAACCUGUAAAUACUGGAUUUUCAUAUGCAACAACACCAGAAGCAAUGCAUGUCAUUGAUGUUGAUGCAUUUAAGCACGUCUAUGAAUUUUUACUUAAGUGGCUCGUUGAUCAUCCAGAAUUCAGUUCAAAUAAUUUUUAUUUGGGUGGAGAUUCAUAUUCUGGUGUCGUUCUUCCACGUGUUGUCCAACUGAUAUCAGAUGGAAUUGAAGCAGGCAACAAGCCUUUGAUUAACCUUAAGGGUUAUUUACUCGGAAACCCUUUAACAUUUCCUGAAGAAAAAAAUUUUGUUAUUCCAUUUCUUCUUGGCAUGGGAAUCAUUCCUAAUGAACUUUAUCAGUCAAUGGUGCAAAAUUGCAAAGGAGAAUACAGAGAGGAGUUUGCUCCCACUAAUGCUCAAUGCACCCAAGAUCUAGAUAUUUUGGAUGAGCUGUUGAACAAUAUUAAUGAUCAACAAGUUUUAGAACCCAUGUGUGGAUCAGAAACUGAAUUGAAAAGCCCAUUUCCAUCUAUAUUUAGAGGGAGAAGAAGAUCUAUUCAAGAGAAUGCCAUCUCACCCAGCUGUUAUGGAAAGCUUGUUGAUAGACACGAAAUCUCAAAUUAUUGGGCAAAUGACCCUCGAGUCCAGAAAGCUCUCCAUGUUCGAAAGGGAACUAUAGAUCACUGGGCAAGAUGCAAGCAAAAUGGUAUUAAAAAAUACUAUACAUUUACCUCUAUGGACAGUAUUUCAUAUCACGUAAAUCAUAGCGCUAAAGGUUAUCGAUCACUUAUAUAUAGUGGUGAUCAUGACAUGGGUGUACCAUUCCUAUCUACAGAAGCAUGGAUUAAAUCACUGAAUUAUUCAAUUGUUGAUAAUUGGCGUCAAUGGAUCGUUAAUGGUCAAGUUGCCGGAUACACAAGAUCAUAUGCCAAUAAGAUGACAUUUGCAACAGUAAAGGGAGCAGGACAUGUAGCACCUGAGUAUAAAAGGGUAGAGAGCUUUAAUAUGUUCAAAAGAUGGAUAUCCCAUAAUCCUUUAUAGACUAUUGAAGCUAUUAGCCAGUAAUUGA